UUUACCAUCAAAUCUUGAGCUUCUCAAACGUAUUACGGUCCAUCCUGAUAUAAUAAAAAACGCAGGGAUAGAAACAAACGACAACAGUCCUUAUACAUUGUUUGAUUAUCUUCCACAAGAUAAAUAUACUUCAUUGGCAAACGAUGGAAGAGAAAACUUUGAUCUUCUGGCACAACAUGUUCGAGAUUUAGAUUCUAAAAUUAGAUCAAUUCGUUCAGGGACAGAAACUAUAAAAAAGACGAAACAUGAUAAAGAAUUCGCGCCUUUAGAAACAAAUCUUAAUAAAAUUAGAAAACAUUUUAUCAACCUCAAACAACACGCUGGAAAACUUGAACAAGAUGUGACAAGAGUUCAAACAUUAAUUUCAAAAAUUAUGGAAUCGAAUUCCAAAUUUAUGACUUCAAACACGAAUGACGAUUUCAAAGGGCUUAUAAAUAUGGCAAACUAUCAUACAAACGAAUAUUUACCUACUUCAAUUAUAGUUAACUUUCAUAGAGACGGUGAUAACGGAUUAACAAGACCAUCUUUGAUGAACGAUGGUCGAUCAUUAGCACCACCACAAUCCAUAACUCAACCAUAUGUUUCGCACCAGAUGAAACGGCUUGCAAGACAAAGCUAUUCUGAGGGUAGUUCUUCAUCUCCGGUUGCAGAUGUAAGGAAUAUUGACGCAUUGCUUUCGGAAAAAACUAAAAAAUUGGAAAGUGCUGAAGAAAAAGUCAAG